AUGUUUACGUCUCGAUUAGGUGCCCUCGCUGUAUUUGGUAUACGUACAAGAUUUGAUGAAAACGAUCCAACCAUAAAACGUCUUGAAUUGUAUCCAGCUGGUCUAUCAAUGGAAGUGACUGACUAUGGGGAAGAUGAUCCGAUAUCAACUGCACGUCGCGCAGCGUUUCAAAUAUAUAUUAUUGAAAUAAUGAAAUUACUUGCUAAAGAUGCAGGAAUAACAGAUAUAAAUGUCGAAGAUCGAGCGUUUACUGUUGCGAAUGAUGUAUUCACUAUUGAAAAAUUUCUAGCGGACAGUCUUCGACGUAAUCCUACUACCAAUGUACCAAGAACAACGAAUUUACAAGAGAUAUCAGCACAAUUUUUUUUUGAAUUUGAUCGAUUAAUUUCCCAUGAAUUAGACGAUCCAGAGGCUAUCUCAGUACUGACACCAAUCUAUUUGACAAACAACAUGUAUUUUACCGAUGCUUUUGAAUUGGUAACAGAUCUUGAGAAGUAUACAUAUAAUUGCUUGUCCUAG